AUGGCAGUUAAAGUAAUUGAAACUAUCGUUAUAGACGAUGACCAAGAUUUAGAGUUUCAAGAAAUAGAUUUAACCGUUGAAGAGUUCAUGAAAAAACUUGAUGAAAAAACCCAAAAACCAACGUUUCAAAUAGAAAGAGCAGAAGAGCCAAAAGAAUCAGUACAUUUUCAGGUGGAUAAAAAAAAGCAAAUAAAUCACGAAGAAAAAUACAAUCCGCAACUUAUAUUACGAGCAUUAGAAAGAUGGUUGAAUGACGAAAAAACAAAAACACUUUUUAUUAAUUCAAAUUUAAUAAACACUCUUACUGAAUUAAAUGUAUUGAUAAAAAACCGUAUGGAGGAACCCAUGCAAUUAAAAAAAAUGGCAGAAUCGAAAAGUAAAGAAUGUUGCUAUUAUCGCAAACUACCCAUUAAUAUUGAUGAAUUUCUUGAACAUCAACAAAAAUGUUGUACGAUUCAAACUUAUGACUGUUUUGGAUGCGGUAAAAAAAUAAAUAUAGAAAACACCUGGGAUCACGAAUGCGAAUUUCUUUUUGAGGUAGAACAAGUAAAUCCAGAAGUAAACAAAACAAAGUUGUGUAUGAUUUGUCAAAAACUGUUACCUAAAAAAUUGUUUGCUGAGCACGUUAAUGAAUGUUGGAAUCGCUUUGAAGAAGCAAAGAAAAGCAUCAUGAACAAACAAAGAGAAUGUUUAAAUGGACCAAAAAAAAAGUUUAGCUUUUUUAAACAUGUCUACAAACGCCAUUUUAAACAGUUUGGAAAAGAUUAAUACUCAAGUAAACGGUCUCAUACAACGUAUAGACAAUAUGGAUGCGGAAAAGGAGAAAUUUAUGGUUAAAGUCAAAGUGGAUAAAGAAUUACAAGAAAAAGAAUUUGAAAACAUCAAUCAAGAAAACAUCAAAAUGAAAAAAGAAAUUGAAGAAAUUUUUUGCAAAUUAAAUGACAAAAUGUUUAAAAAUCCUGUCAUGCGCGAUAAAAUAUUUUUAGAGUUGGAUCAAAUGGAUUUAAGGUUAUUAUCUAACGAGCCCUUCUAUACUCAACCUACUUAUUCUGCUGAAGGUUAUUUAUAUCGAUUGCAAAUUUACGGUUACUACGAUAAAGAAAAUGUCAUGGCUAUUUAUUUUCAAUUGAUGCAAUUUUCAAUGGAUAACACAUUAAAAUGGCCGUUUACAAAAAAUGUACUUUGUACAAUUAGAAAUAACGGUUUUUGUAUUGAGAAAAACAUUGCUUUGUAUAGCGAACCGAACAAAAAAUGCUUUGAAAAACCAACGCAAUCGUUCAACAUAGCUGUCGGAACAAGUCAUUUUGCAACCCAUCAAGAACUCAAAAAUUAUAUUAUAAAUAAUAAACUUAUUA